AUGGCUGAUGUUCAGGUAUCACGCUCCGAGACAAAGAGGAAGGCAAACAAAUCUAAAAAAUCCGACCCGAUAAGCCCCACGACUGAUGAAAAGGAGACCACUGAUUUUUUGAUAAAGCCCCAGAGCUACACUCCCGCCAUUGACACUUCCCAGUGGCCGAUUCUGCUGAAAAACUACGACAAAUUGAAUGUACGUACUGGGCACUACACUCCACUCCCCUCCGGUUACUCCCCCUUGAAACGCCCCUUGCCUGAGUAUGUUAAAUAUGGUAUUUUGAAUCUCGAUAAGCCUGCAAACCCUUCGUCCCAUGAAGUUGUGGCUUGGAUUAAGCGCAUUUUACGAGUUGAGAAAACCGGCCAUUCGGGGACUUUGGACCCGAAAGUUACUGGGAAUUUGAUUGUUUGUAUUGAUCGAGCUACGCGUUUGGUUAAAUCUCAGCAGGGGGCUGGGAAAGAGUAUGUUUGUAUUGCAAGAUUGCAUUCGAAAGUGCCUGAGGUUGCGAGAGUGGCGAGGGCGCUGGAGACUUUGACGGGGGCGGUUUUUCAGCGUCCCCCACUUAUUUCUGCUGUGAAGAGACAGCUUAGGAUUAGGACCAUUUAUGAGAGUAAGUUGCUGGAGUAUGAUGCUGAUAGGCAUUUGGUUGUGUUCUGGAUCUCAUGUGAGGCAGGGACUUAUGUGAGGACUCUGUGUGUGCAUUUGGGGCUUUUGUUGGGUGUAGGAGGGCAUAUGCAGGAACUUAGGAGAGUGAGGUCGGGGAUUUUGGGGGAGAAGGAUAACAUGGUUACAAUGCACGAUGUCAUGGAUGCACAGUGGAUGUAUGAUAAUUAUAGGGACGAGAAUUAUUUGAGGAGGGUGAUUAUGCCAUUGGAAGUGGUUUUGACUAGUUAUAAGAGGUUAGUGGUGAAGGAUUCUGCGGUGAAUGCUAUUUGUUACGGUGCGAAGCUGAUGAUUCCGGGGUUGUUGAGGUUUGAGAAUGAUAUUGACGUUGGAGAGGAAGUUGUGUUGAUGACUACCAAGGGUGAGGCAAUUGCUUUGGGGAUUGCAGAGAUGACAACUGCAGUGAUGGCCACGUGCGACCAUGGAACGGUUGCAAGGAUUAAGAGGGUGGUAAUGGAUAGGGAUACAUAUCCCAGGAAAUGGGGGUUGGGACCGAGGGCAUCAAUGAAGAAGAAACUGAUUGUAGAGGGGAAGUUGGAUAAGCACGGAAAACCAAAUGAGAAUACCCCAGCUGAGUGGUUGAGGAAUGUUGUCCUGCCUACUGGAGGUGACUCUAUGGUUGCUGGCCUUGCAGCAGCUGCAGAGCCACAGCCAGCUGCUCCGACAAAUGUGGUGAGUGCUGUGGACGAGGUUGAGAAGAAAAAGAAAAAGAAACACAAGCACAAGGAGGAUGGAGAGGAGGGACGGAAGCGCAAACUAGAUGAGGUUGAUGGUUGCCCUGUGCCAGAUGUUGUUAAGAAAGCUAAGGUCUCUUUGGAAGCUGAAGUGAACGUGCAGGUGAAAGAGAAGGUUGAAUUGAAGAAGGUAGAUGAGGUUGAGACUCUGGAAGUUGAGAAGAAGAAGAAGAAGAAGAAGAAGAAAAAUGAGGGUGGUGACGAUGCUGUUGAUGGUAGUGGUGAGAAGCCAACAAAGGAUAAGAAAAAGAAGGAUAAAGCCAAUGCCGAUUCUGGGUCGUCAGAUGAGGAGAAGUCCGAGAAAAAGAUGAAAAAGAAGAAGCACAAGGAUGCAGAGAAUGGCAACUCUGUUUUACCUGAUGAUGAUGCAAAUAGAAGUGCAAAGAAGGAGAAGAAAAGGAAGAAGCACAAAGACAGAGAACAGGAGUAG